AUGACUGCUAUUACUGUCCCGACCACUGGCUCAAUGCCACCCAACGAGGAGCCCACCCUCGACGCCUUGGAUGCAGUGGAUUAUGAUCCUGUCGAUCACUUAAAUGCCAUCUUCUCGCACCCCUCCACCCUCUCCUCCGUCUCCCAGAUCUCCGACGCGCUUCAUGCCUACGAAGAUGAAUUGGACUACGACAUUGGCACGCUGGUGGAGGAGCAGGUCACCUCCAAUGCCGAGAGCGUAGAACGAAUUCAGACAGCCAAAGCCGAUCUAUCGGAGCUGUUCAAGAAAAUCGACGAUGUGCGGGAGCGCGCAUUGACGACCGAGCAGGCGAUUACGGACAUGACCGCCGACAUCAAGCAAUUGGACAACGCGAAGAAGAACCUGACACUGUCGAUGACAGCACUCAAGCGUCUGCAGAUGCUGACAACCGCGUACGAUCAGCUGCAAGCGCUUAGUCGCACUCGACAGUACGGCGAAUGCGCGCAGCUUCUCCAGGCGGUGAUCCAGCUCAUGGCCCAUUUCAAGUCGUACCGAUCGAUCGACCAGAUCGCCAUUUUAAGCCGAAAUGUGGCGGAUAUCCAGCGCGACCUAUUGGAACAAGUGUGCGAGGACUUUGAAAUAGCCUUUGCCAAGAACGAGGUCGCUCAGAAACGGGGAGUGCUUUCAGAGGCAUGUUUGGUCGCGGAUGCGCUGGGCGAGCAUGCUCGAUCCCGCAUCGUGACUUGGUACUGCAAUACCCAGCUUCGCGAGUAUCGUCAGGUCUUUAGAAACAACGAAGAGGCUGGAUCCUUGGACAAUAUCUCUCGCAGGUAUUCGUGGUUCCGGCGGAUAUUGAAGAUUUACGACGAAGAGAACGCGGCUAUCUUCCCGGCCUCUUGGAGGGUGAAUGAAAUCUUGGCCAAUGUUUUCUGUGAGGGCACACGAGACGAUUACAAGGGCAUCUUGGCCCGGUCGGUGCGCAGCGGUCAGGCAAUUGAUGUCAACCUGCUGCUGUCGUGUUUGCAAGAAACAUUGGAGUUUGAGCAUUCUCUUGAACGACGCUUUGCACCCUCUUCUCGCACGUCUACAGACACCUUCGCCUCGACCGAGAUUCCUGCGUUCAGCCAAUCCAUCUCCGAAGCCUUCGAGCCAUAUCUUAGCGUCUGGGUGGAAGCACAGGACAAGCAGCUGGCUGCGCUCCUGCCGAAGUACCGUCAACAGCCCUUGAAACCCCCGGACGAGGAAUUCAACUCUCAUACUGUCAUCUCAUCAUCGACCGAGCUCUUUACGUUCUACCGACACUCUUUGCAGCAAUGUGCCAAGCUGUCGACGGGUGGCAGUCUGGCAGAACUGGCAAAGGUGUUCGCGAAAUACUUGGAUCAAUAUGCACAGCAAGUCCUUCUCAACUACAUCAGCGAACGUCCUUCAGCCCACACACCAUCAAAGGUUCCGUCGAUAGAAGACCUGGUGUCGGUUCUUAACACGGCCGAUUACUGCUACACCACGUGCAACCAGUUAGAGGAGAAGAUCAAGGGUCGAUUGGAUGAGGCUCUCAAGCAAACCGUCGACCUGCAAAGUCAAGCGGACUCUUUCAUGGGCAUUGCAUCUGCUGCCGUGCGAGGCCUCGUCCGGCAGGUGGAAGUCGACUUGGAGCCUUGCUGGCGAGAGAUGCGUAACACGCCGUGGAGUAAGAUUGAAGCUGUCAGCGACCAGAGCUCCUACGUUGCUGAGCUACUCUCUCGUACCAAAGAAAAAGCAUCCGAGAUUCUUCAAUUGUUGCACAAGCAGCAGUAUGCACGAGCCUUCUCCGAUCAUCUGGUCGAGUUGAUGUCGAACCUGUUUAUCAGUAACGUCUUUCAAUGCAAGCCUGUCUCGGAAACAGGCGCCGAGCAGAUGCUCCUUGACUCCUACACGCUCAAGAGCGGACUCUCAUCUCUCCUUCCCAGUCCAGCACCGGCAGGCUUCGUUAAACGUGUCAAUAGUAGCUUCUUCAGGAUCGAGACCCUCUUGAAAACUCUGCAGGUCCGACCGUCGCCAGCUGAGGCACUCGUACAAGCAUACCUGAUUCACAUCGCGGACCGCAACAACAACAACUUCCGCAAGAUCCUCGACGUCAAAGGCAUCCGUAGCCGCCAAGAACAAAACCACCUUGUCGAGCUAUUCCAGCUGCACAAAGCAUCAGACCGUUACGCCUCCGGCCUACAACAAAGCAACCCUAUCCUCACAGCUCUACAGGGUCCCAUAGCCACAACCACCGGCUCCGUCUCGCAAGGCCUAGGCCUGGGCAGCGGCCCGUCCAUGCCCUCACGCUUCGACGCCUCCAUGCUCGGAUCGGCCAUCAUUUCCGCGGCUAAAGACGGCGUCGACCGUUUCGGAAACCCCAGCUUGUCAUCUGGUGUCGCGGGCAUCACAGGCAGCACCUCGAACAACAGCCUUGCUCGAGAUUCCUCGCCUUCGUCGCCUGCCCCUGGGACCUCCGCUCAGCAGAUCAGCCACACGCAUACUCCAUCAGAGUCCACGGCUGCAGGCAACUUGAAUGAGAACCUGAAGAAUAUCGGCAAGUUCUUCCGUCGGGAUCUCGGUGGCUUUGGGGGUCGGUUUGGGCGAGGUAGUGAUGAUGCCUAG